AUGAAAACAAUACGCGCCGUCACACUGAAAGCUUUUGGUGGAGCUGAUAUGUUGCAAAUUUCGCGGAUUCCCGAAGUUACACUAUCGCGUCCAAAUGAAGUACUCAUCCGAGUGAUGGCCGCUGGUGUUAAUAGAGGGGAUAUAUCGCAACGACGAGGACACUACCCACCACCGAAAGGCAGCACGGAGAUAUUGGGACUUGAGGCCUCUGGUGUGGUUUUACAGGUUGGGUCGGAUGUGAAGGCGUUUAAGGAAGGUGACCGCGUGAUGGCGUUACUUACGGGUGGGGGUUAUGCAGAGAUGGUCGCUGCGCACGAGGGUUCUGUUAUGAAGAUACCAGAGGGAUAUACCUUUGUGGAAGCAGCAGCUAUUCCUGAGGCCUUCGCAACGGCCUGGCAAACGCUGAAAUUUCUUGGUGAUGUACAGAAGGAUCAAAAAGUCUUAAUACACGCCGGUGCCAGUGGUGUUGGCUCAGUAGCGAUGCAAAUUGUGGAAAAGUAUUUUAAAGCUACAGCUAUUGCUACUUGCUCACCAGAGAAGAUGGAAUUUUGUAAAAGGUUUGCAAGCGUUGUAAUUGACAGAACACCAGACGAGGCUGGGUAUUGUUUUUCUUCAAAGUUGAGGAAUUUGGUGGGAGAUGAAUGCAUCAAUCUUGUUAUUGAUCCUGUGGUGGGUGGCAGAUACCUUGAGGAAGACGGUGAGGUGCUGGCACAGGAUGGGAGGGUAGUACUUCUCGCAUACAUGGGUGGAACAAAGGUUUCAUUAAAUAUUAUCCCAUUUUUCCGUAAGAGAGCCACUGUGUUGUUCACAAAGCUCAGAGAUCGAACAGAUGAAUACAAAGCAGAUUUAAUAGGGAGUCUUGAAAAGGAGCUUCUCCCAUAUAUUAGGGAUCGCGCUAUUGUGCCGGUUGUACAGCGUUCUUUUCCACUUGAAGAGGUUGCAGAGGCACACAGUUUUAUUGAGAGUAAUAAGUCAACUGGAAAGGUGGUAUUAACAGUAUCAGGGCCGGAUAAAUAA